AUGGCUCGAGACCAGGUCAUCGAGAGCACGGCAGUGGUGUCUCAGGAUACCAACAUCAGGACUACUAUGAUUCAGUGGGACGUGAGCUCCACGAAGAACAACACAGAGAUCCUGAGGUCAGAUAUUGAGAAGAGUGGUGCGAGGCUUGAGAGUGUGGGUGGCGAGGUGGGCGAGGUGCAUGGCUUGGUGUCUCAAAUCAGCUCUGGCAUGGAGCACAUGACCAUGGAAACCACGGGCCUAAAGAAAGGAAUCGAUGAAAACACAAUCUCCCUGAAGAAAGAAAGUGAGAAUAAUGAGAGAAGACACCAAGAGUUAUGCAACCUCAUCAUCGGGCAAGUUGAGGCGAAGAGCAAAAUCGCCAAGCGAGAGAGCGCCCUGGAAGACGGCUCACGUAGUCUAAAAAACCAACUCAUGACACUCCUUCUCGAGGGUAAAAAGAAAGAUGCCGAGAUUGCCAUGCUGAAAGAACGACUCAAUCAGAACCGGAAACGGGGCGCAGUGGUCAGCUUGGAUCGUUUCUGCGAGAUUUUAGCCCAGCCCAGCUCUACUGAAGAUAAGCCAGUCGAUAUAGAGCGCAUGUUCCAGCACCCAAACGAAGACUUCAGACGAGCCCUCGUGCACAAGAGUAGGUUCAAUGCAGCCACUCAAGGCCAAGUCCAAUCGUUGCUGCGACAUGAACGGUUACACCGAUGGGUAAGCAGCCAUCACCCCGACCUGAUUCUCGUCGACGCGAACAUCAGCUCGUCCGGCCUGUCAAAGGUGUCCGCCAUAUCAGUCUUUUGCGCCACCUUGAUCUCUAGCAUGAUGGAAGUCCAUCCUGACGAGGUGGUUGUCCAAUUCUUCUGUGGAUUACACACCGCUCCCCUAGAUCCCUGGCACGGGCCGAACGGUCUAGUCUGUUCUAUUGCCAUGCAGCUCUUGAUGAAACUAGUCAAGAUGAACAUUCUAAACUUGGGGUUCAUCAACAAUCGAGACUACCUGAGAGACCUCGAGCAGCACGACUUAAACACGCUCUGCGACACUCUUUACUCGCUCGUAUCUCAAUUCCCAGCCGACACGAGAGUGUACUGCAUCAUCGACUCCGUUUCUUGGUUCGACAAAGACAGGACUUUUGCAGAACUAGCCACUGUAAUGGAAUGGCUACAAUCCAUAGUCGAGGACCGGUCACUGAUUCCUAUAUUCAAGAUAAUGCUGACAAACCCGAUGAAAAGUAACAGGAGAAUGAAGGAGCUGCCGGUGUUCAAAGAGAACCCGUCUAGACUUGUCACUCUGUCUUCGAGGAACCUGAUACCCAUGGUAAUAUCUAACAGAGCGAUCGAGCGUCAACUUUCCAGAUCCCCGUCUCCAUCACCACUCUCACUUAAGAAGGGGGUUGAUAGAACUGCAAGGCCAGAAAGUUAUGACGAUGAUUAUGAUGAAUGGUAG